ACCGCAGUCUGUUUUGCUGAGGACCAAAUGUAGUUUCAGCGAACAUUUCGGCUGCCGCCCUCCCAGUUAGUCCCUGCCUCUGUCUGUCCCUCCGCGGCUUCAGCACGCUUUUAACCCGCUGAGAUUUUUUUCUUUUUCAUUAUUAUUUUUUCUAGUCAGCGCAUGUUUUUCUCAUUUCCUUCUCACUACAAGGCAGUGCUGGCUGUCCUACAAAUUCAGAGGACGUCUUUGCGGAAAAUAACGACCAAACAAAACAUUUCAGUCGACGUUAAUGUGAAAGAAGACAUUUAAUCCGUUUUGGGGCUGAGAACAGCAAGGCAACAAGCAAGGACAUGCAGCAGAGAGGUCAUUGAGGAGGAUGACAACAGAGGAAUAGAGAACAGUGAAUGAGGGAUGGAAAAGAGACUGAAGUAAGAGGAGGAAGGGGAACUCCGAAGUGCCUACUGCAAGGUUUCGUCCAACGAGGCUGCUGGCGUAUAGCAAGACUGGACCCAGUGUGUGUUUGGCCUUGAAUGGAGGCUAUAUUUUAUUCUAACAGCCACAGAGUCAUCCAUCCCACGUUGUUGAGCUGCAGUCCCGACAUACCCUGAGCUGAGCUGCAGCCUUGUCUCGUCAUAACAAGGACAUCACGGUGUAAGGUUCUGCUUUUUUUUUUCUAUCUUUUUUGUCUCUGCCCAAAUACAACUACAGUAGAACUACAGUGACUGCCCCAUCCUUGACCAUGUUGACGUGAAUGUAACACAGACUUAAAGGGGGUGUCAGCUUUUACAUGUAAAUGCACAGACAUAUCAAAAGAGACCACAGUGGUGCCCUCAGAGUAUUUUCAUUUUGUUUCUUUCUUCUUUUGAGACAGAGCUGGUCUCUGCUCACAUUUAACCUGCGCUAACUCACCCAGUGAAACUUCAGCUGCCACUUUUCCCAGGGAGAACUAACAAACAUCCCCCAAAAUACACCAACCAAGAGGAUCGGCUGACUAUUUGCAUUGGGGAAAAAAUAAUUUUGCUUCUAUUUUCUCUGUGUUUUGCUGGGGAUUUUUUUUUUUCUUGAAUCAGCAUUAGUCACUCUUACGCUCAUCAGACUUUUUUCCAUCCGUCUGGCCCCAACGCUGCUCAGUGUUUGUGAGCAUCUCAGAUGGCUGUCAGCAUGACCAUGGGACGAGACACCAAAUGGCUGACCUUGGAAGUGUGUCGGGAGUUUCAGAGAGGCACCUGCUCGCGAUCUGAUGCCGAGUGUAAGUUUGCACAUCCCUCCCGGAGCUGCCAUGUGGAGAAUGGUCGAGUCAUCGCCUGCUUUGAUUCACUCAAGGGGCGAUGCACACGAGAGAACUGUAAAUACCUGCACCCCCCUCCACAUCUGAAAACGCAGCUGGAGAUUAAUGGGAGAAACAACCUGAUCCAGCAGAAGGCUGCAGCAGCCAUGUUGGCCCAACAGAUGCAGUUCAUGCUGCCUGGAGCACAACUGCAACCCAUUACAACGUUUCCAGUGACGCCCUCGCUGGCAACAAAUCAUAGCAUGGCAUUCAGUCCAUAUCUGAGCCACAUGGGCCCAGCUAUGGGUUUGAUGCCUGAACUGCUGCCCAGCACUCCUCUGCUUGUCCCUGGAAGUCCCACCGGCCUGGCAACAAUGGGCAAUGGCACCGCUGCACAAAAACACACACGCACAGACAAGCUUGAGGUUUGUCGAGAAUUCCAACGCGGUAACUGCACACGGGGUGAGAGUGACUGUCGCUACGCCCAUCCCCUGGAGGCUGGCAUGGUGGACUGCAGUGAGAACUCUGUAAUUGUUUGCAUGGACUACAUUAAAGGUCGCUGCAGUCGAGACAAGUGCAAGUACUUCCACCCCCCGGCUCACCUGCAGGCCAGGAUCAAGGCUUCACAACACCAAGCCAGUCAAAACACAGCAUCUGCACCCUUGGCUCUGCCUCCAGGGGCUGUGCAGCAACUACCAAAGAGGCCAAUUAUAGAGAAGAGCAACGGAUCAGCUGCCACAGUCUUCAGCCCCAGCAUGUUCCACUACCAGCAAGCCCUGGCUAACAUGCAGCUCCAGCAACCAGCCUUUAUCCCUACUGUUGCCAUGGUGCACGGUGCCACCACCUCCACUGUUUCGUCGGCCUCGACCCCAGUCACCAAUGUUCCUUUUGCUGAAUCUGCCGCCUCAAAUCAGUAGACCCCUCAGAGCUUCUGACUUCUGAUCCUGUGGAGCUCCAGUGCGUUCCCGUGGAAACCCAUUUCUGUCCCAUCCCCAAACUGCUGGUGGCAGCUCCUGUGGCACUAAAUUCAGUAAGCCUUUCCAGAAACCCCAGUUAAAGUUCCUAAAACCUGCAGCACUGCAGCAAACAUGUGCCUCGCCUACAGUGCAUACUGACUGACUGGCAAUGUGAAACUUGUUUAACAAGUAAGAAAGUAAGAAAGCUGCGAUGGUUCAUGCAAUACAAGCAUGGACGAUUUACUGUUGCUUUACAGCAGCCAUCCUGAUGCAUACUGACUUGAUGAGCAAUAGAGCUCCCUGACAGCCAUACAUGCCCACACCUUAAACAUGCAGCAGAGAUGCAUGCUGACACAUUCUAGAUAAAAUACCCUUUAUGGGUUGCAGCCAUUACAUGAGGCAGCCCAAGUCAUUUGACUGUUGCAAAGUCAGAAAAGUUCAUGAAAAUUCAGACAAUUCAAGCAGCAAACAGACCUGUUGCUGGUCUGCUACCAUGACAUGUUGUCAAAGUGAAAGAGUGUUUCAUAACAUGUCAUUUAUGGUUUAGAGAUGACUACAAAUGUAACAUUGUGUUGUACCAUGUACUGUAUGCCAUUUAGUUUGUUCUCAUGGUCUCAUUUUGUCUCAUGAAAUGUCAAUAAGGACUAGUUGUUCAUUUGUUUGUGCCUUUGAUUUUUCUGCUCAGCUGCAGAGGAGACUUGGUUUCCCAAAAUAAUUGGAGCAACAGCAAAUUUGAAUAGAUGCUGGCAUUUGCAGUGAAAGGAAAUAUCAAUUACAAAUUGGCAGUGUUAGUCUAUAGUAUCUAAUUAGGGAACAGCAAAUGAGGCAUUACUCAUCAUUUAAUGAAUUUCAUCAAUCUGAAAAACUACAUUUUGAGUGAUUUUUUUUU